GUUACCAAUCUAACAUCAAGGUACAAUGUUUGCAUCAUGGCUUAUGGACAAACUGGAAGUGGGAAGACGUACACAAUGAUGGGUCCCCAUUGGGAAAAUGAAACUUCUAUUCUCAAUUCCAGCAACCAAGAACUUGGUAUAAUUCCAAGAGCAGCUGAAGAGCUCUUCAGGUAAUAAAUUAUGUGUUCUGUGUAUGUGUGUAUUUUAAACUAAGUAAAAAAAAAUGUAAUUACGACUAUAGCAUUUAAAUUAAACUGUCACCAAUAUGUCACAUAAACAUUUUCCUUUUAUAAAAUUAGAUAAUUUAAUGUAUCUGUGAAGUUGUAAAUGUAGUUUAUUUUUUUUUAAUAUAUUAUUUUACAUUGUAAUUAAAAUAUACAAUGUAAUUCUAAUGUAAUUAAUUACAUAAGUAAAUAUGUAUCUUGUUUAUGUGUAUAUUCUGUUUUGACACUGUAAUGUCAGCUGUUGUUAGAUUAAAAAAAAUAACUAUAUAUAUAUAUAUAUAUAUAGUCUGUCCUGACUUUACCUGUCAUCUACCUAUACUGAUUAAUCAUACACAAAAUGUAACCAUAGAACUAACCCUAACCCUACGAUAACCCUAAGGAAACCCGCUUGUAAUAUCAGUACUGAUUAGCAAAUGUGUUUCCUAGUUAAGACAGAACAGAUUGGUAUAUUGCUAUAUUGCUAUCUACUGGGUGCUUUCAGCAUUGCAGGCAUAUCCCUGUAAUGCUAAAAAUCAGGCAUAUCGAUCACAAUCAGCAUGGGGACAUGUUGGGAGACCCUCCACCCCCCCAUGGAUUUUUCAGCUUGUGUUUAAAAAGGGCAGAGCAUGGAUGUCAUUACAAUUAUGCCCCAUCUCCCCCCAGAAAAUUUAAUGCAGAUGCCCAUGCUCUGGAGGUCUUUCUUGAGCACCUGCCAGCUUAGAAACACCACUGCCGAGCACAAUCUUCUCAGUUACAUUGUUCUCAAUACAUUUAAAGUGCUGUAUGCUGCGCUCACUUUGAGAUCACACCAAAAUGUUAGAAUUUUCCAUGCCAUCCUAUUGAGAGUAAAGCACACCCAGCAUGGAACGUCCUAAUUUCAUGAACAGGUUAAUAUAGUAUUACCAAAGAAAAUUUGGUCAUGAUGGACUCAUGUUCCAUGUUGUAAUAGUGCUGUUAACAGUCACUGAAGAAAAAAUACUAAUUAAUUUAAAUCAUAAUUGUUAAGCAUUGUUGUAGCGUUGUAAAUACCAGUGCUACAAACCAAUACUUGCGAUACCAGUGUUUUGAUACAAAUUAUAUUUUUAGUUCUAUAAAAAAUAUAAACUGGAUAAUGACAAAACAAUUAGAUCUAAAUUAUUAUUCCCAAAAUAUAACUUUAAAUAAAAUAUUUUCAAUGUUGGCUUCUGUAAAUGUCGAUCAAAACUAGAAAAGUCAGAUACAAGUCCAAGUAAGGACAUUAGAGAACAGUAACUAUGAGUAAAUCAACCAAUACAUGACCAGGAUAUAUGUCAGAAUUAGGGACACAUUAUAAAACAAAGAUUAAAAGUUACCUUACUAGUGACCAGAGGGGACUACAUAAGGAAAUAAAAUAUUGCAGUUUCUAUGGAUCCAAGCCUAAUGAUGAACCAUAGACUUAUUGGUUGCCGACUGAUGCCAGGAUUAACAGCUAUAAUUUGAGGCACUGGUAGUGCAUCAGACGUGCUGUCUAUUAACUGAUAAUAAUGCAUUGUGUCAAUGUGUAGUUAAGAUGAGAGAAUGAGAAGCAGGUAAUCUUACAGUACCAUUUAUAGGCAUUUGGCAUAUGGUUAUACUACCCUUAACAUAACGUGCAGGGAAUCAGAUUGCUGUUGGCAAGUUCAGUUACAUUUAGUUUUUAACUCUUUACAAUUGUCUACAUAUCCACAUUAUUUGAAUGAAAAUGUGCUCUAAUUUUAAUUCAUAAUGACAGAGAAUUUGAUUAAAGUGACACUUCAAGCACCAUAAUCAAUACAGCUCAUAGUGGUUAUGGUGCCAGGUGUGCCUUGGCACCCCCCCUUGUAUGGAAUCAACCAUUUUAGAACAGUUGUACAUCUUACCUGGGGUCCGCUGAGUGCUGCCCCCCAACUCCAUUACUAACAACGGAAUUCCCAUUCACUCUAUUGAGGUAAGUCAUUCAAUGCAGGGCUUAGCUUAUUGGCUGAGAGCAUCAGCUAAACACUCUGAGCCAAUGAAAUAAGCCCUGUAUUGCAUGUCUUAGUUCAGAAGAGCUAAUAUACAUUCCUGCAUCGGAAGUGUUGUAGUGGUUAUGGUGCUUGGAAUGUUCCUUUAAACAAAUUACACAAAAAGCAGAGUAUAAAACCAAGAUUCUAUGUUUUUCUUUGAAUUGUGUAGAAAACCAUUUUAUUAGAGCUCAGGAAAGAAAGCCAACCAGGCAUGUAUGAACCCUGCUGCAGGCUUAUUAGAACUCAAACACCAUUGUCGCCCUUUCCUAACCAUACUUUAACCCAUAUUUUUAUCAUAACACUUAUACUUGAACUCUCUUCAUCGAAUGAUAAAGUAUGUUUCUAGAUAUGACAAGAUAUGUUUUUUUAUUCAAAGUAUUAGAUCAUUCUUACAAAAUAUUUACAGAUCUAUAAACUGAUAUUGUGCUGUUAUUUAAAGGCUUAUACAGGAAAAACAGCAAGAAAGUCAUUUUGUAAAAGUUUCCAUUACUGAAGUAUAUAACAAUGAAGUUUUUGAUCUCCUGGCCCAAGAUGGAUCUGGCGAGUUGGGUGUAAAAUGUGAUGUAAUUACCACUAAAGAUGGAAAGACUGAGGUGCAAUUCUUGACACAUGAGUAAGUAUAUAAAUACAAAUAUUUUUAUAGAAUAGAGAGUAAAAAUAUAAAACAAAACAAUAACAAUACUAUUUGCUCUGUAGAGAUUUGCAGCUGAAAAUUUGGCUUUGAAAAUUUGUGGUUAAUAGAUUUUUUUAAUUUUUUUUUUAUUUUGGUGUAAAAUAGCUCCCUGAAUCAGAAUCAUUUAAGACAAAUAUUCCAGGGAUUAAUCAGGAAGUAAUUUAAGAUUACUUCCGAACCGCUGUGUCCCAGCCUAAUGUUGUAAUUUGUAUCAUCAAGACAAAGGUAUUUAUUGUAAAAUAAAUUUCAACCAGCUUGUUUAUGUAUAAUGGCAGGAACAGAACCUGUGGCAGAUUGGCUGUUGUAUCAUGGCAGGAACAGAACUUGCGGCUGAUUAGCUGUUGUAUCAUGGCAGGAACAGAACCUGCGGCUGAUUGGCUGUUGUAUCAUGGCAGGAACAGAACCUGCAGCUGAUUGGCUGUUGUAUCAUGGCAGGAACACAAUCUGCAGCAGACUCCACUGAGGAUUAUUGUUAACAUCACUACAGUUUUCAGUUGGGUUAUAAUUGUUUAUAAAGUGCCAAUAUAUUCCUCAGAGGUGUAAAAUGGGUGGAUGAGACAUACAUGAAAAUUCAACAGACAAAUUUGAAAUUCAGUGUUUUAUAAAUAGUUUUAAACAUGUAUUUUAUAUUUUAGAAAUUGAAUGUUGUAGUUUGAUUUUAAAGUAAGCACUGGACAGUGCUGAAUGAGAUGCGCUCAAUCAGUUUAAAUAACAUUAGAAAUGCAAACUUAGUUAUUUUAAAUUACAUUUUCUGAUCCAGACAAAAUUCAGUCCUUAGUGAAUACUCCAUUUUGUGUUUUAUUUUUUCAUCUGUGCUCCUUUGAUUGUCUGUAAUUGCUAGAUGCCUAAAUAUAUAUUACUUAAAGUGGCACUGUCUAUGGACUUUUCAGAAUUCGCAAAGACCCCAAUGGUGACAUUGCCGCUGGGAGUCCGUUGGCUGGGGAAGGGGGGGUUGGGGAGGGCUGGGGAAGGUGAGUUCUAUUUACCUGAAACUGUCCCGUGUGGGUUUGGCCAUCUUAUUCUGGUUGGUCUUCUUCAGCAUUGAGGUCUAUAAAGGAUCCUGUGAGAUCCUCUAUAGACAGAGCCAAUUCCCUGCAGCCAUCACUGGUGAAAGCUGGAAGGCUUGUAACUUCUAGACAGUGGUAUCUCUGCCCAGUGUCCAGGUGUGUCAGAUGGAGGAAAUAUAGAGAGACUACUUUCAGUAAAAUUCCAACACACUCAAGAUGAAUACUUCAUAAAGAUUCUAUUUUUCUGAAAUACUCCUUUUUCAGGGUGGAGGGAGUGUCACUGUAAAUUAUAUGGAAAUGUAAAUAACUAAGCUGGAAAAAUAUCAGAUAUAGAGACUUGUUUUAUGUGUACAAUUCUUUUGGGGGGCAACAAUAUAACCUUUACAAUGUGAGACAGUUUUAAUAUUUUUACAUAUACAGUAGUACAUAUAAAACCACAUUGGCAUUAAACUAAAUGUUAGAUAGUUGCGUAGCUGAAAAGAGACUUGCAUCCAUCAAAUUCAGCCUACCUCACAUAUGUUUUUGCUGUUGAUGCAAAAGAAGGCAAAAAAACCUAGUCUGAAGCGCUUCCAAUUUUGCAACAAACUAGGAAAAAAAUCCUUCUUGACCCCCAAAAAGCAGUCAGCUAUCUCCUUGGAUCAAGCAGCUAUUACCCCACUAAUUAGAAAUUAUAUCCCUGUAUGUUAUGUUUUUGCAAGUAUUUAUCCAAUUACAGUUUAAACAUCUGUAUGGACUCUGAUAAACCCACCUCUUCAGGCAGAGAAUUCCAUAUCCUUAUUGCUCUUACUGUAAAAAAAACCUUUUCUUUGCCUCAGAUGAAAUAUCCUUACUUCAAGCCUAAAUGCGUGGCCUUGUGUCCUAUGUAUAGCCCUAUGUAUUAACCUGUAUUAGAUUAAAUAUAACCAUUUUAUAAAGAGCCAGCUUCUUGUUGGGGUAAAUAGCAGUGCUGGAAGAUUAUUUACAGUUUAGCUUUAUGCAAUUUCCUUGUUCUCUCCACAAUUCUGAUUUUAGUGAGAGAUUCAAAGUCUAAUUUAUAAUGUGCCUACUUUUUUUUUCUUUCUUUCAAACUAAUAUUUUUUUUUUCUUUAGGGGUGUCAGAAAUGCUACAGAUGUAUUGGAUUUGGUAAAAAAGGGAUUGCAAUUGAGAGUUAAACAUUCAACUUUAAUACAUGAUCACUCCUCUCGCUCACACUUGGUUGUUACUUUGUCCAUUACGGCACAUUGUUCACAUUCUAUGGGUAUGUACUUUGCAUAAUAUAUAUAGAUAUACUUGGUUAGUAAAAGUAAUAGCUUUUUUUAUACCCAAUACAUUCAAGAUUCAAAUAGCCAAAGGUGAAACAUUCUCUAAGUCAGCGCUAUGUUUCAAGUUCGACUGCUUUGACUUACAUUUGCAUGGAAUAACCAUCUACAUUUACUUAUGCUUAUGAAUUGUGGUACUUCAUGCUCUAAUACAGACUACAGCUGCGCUCAUGCUGAACACAUGAGAGCACAUGGUAAGGGUGGCUCUGCAAUCUCACAAUAUACACUAGAUAAAAAUCAACUUUUGGUUUCACCAACCCUACCCUUUUAAUAUGAAUUUUUAAAGAAAAGAAGAAAAUGUUGUAGUUGCUGACCCUGAUGCUCAAAGACGGGCUGCUGUGGAUUUGAAAUGCCUGGAACUCUUUUACAAUUUGUUUUUCUUUGUCUUACUCUGGACAUGGUCUCUAGCAUUAUUUAAGCAUUAUAUACUUCUUCUUUGCAAGUUGUGCUCCUAAUUGCUCUCAUUUUGGAUGAAACUGCAAAUUGGUCUACUUUGGGCUGAUCAGGUGAUCAGAAGAAAUUCUGAUAUCUGAGCCACCACGUUGCAGGAUCUCUGGGAGCCAACUCAUGGGAGCCCAAAAAUAUUUGGUUAAAUUCUUAAUUCAGAAUAAUGUACCUGUCACCAUAAAAAAGUAGGAUGGAAUGGAGAAGAGGCAGUUUUUUUGGGUGCGGGCAAAUAAGCAGCUUAGUUUCCCAAGAGGUCUGCUCUCCUGUGCAAUCAAGAGGUAGCAAAAAAAGAUGAAUGAUGGUUAGUGGACAGCCACUAGAAGUUAAUUCUAUCCACAAAAUCAGAAAUGAAAAAAAGGAGGGAAGUGCACAAGUGUGCUGUACAACAAGUGCUACCCCAUUUAUUGAAGAACAAAGAUAUUUAGCAAACGUUUCAGGCCAUGUAGCGGUGUAAAGGUUUAAACCAAGAUAUCUCCGUUGGUAGAUGUAGUCAGCAUACAAAAUACAAGUAGCGUGAUAAGUAUAAUCUCUUUUUCCCAAGAACUGGACGACACACACCACAGCCGGUUUUAUACAAAUCCCCAUGCAAGGGGUUUUCUUGAUGACAUGCCAGGGGUUUUCCCCUGGUGGACUCUGUGGAAAACUUCUUGUACAGGAAUAUCUCCAAUCAUGCUUUUCUGUACUGGAGAGAUAAUUGUGUUACCUACACCUUUAAGAGUACACCUUUAAUUACAUUAUCUCUCCGUACAGAAAAAUAUACAAUAUAACAUAAAAAUACAUAACUUGCACAAUAUUCAUCUGAACUUCCCUUCAUUGAAUAGCUGGGAUCUGAGCGCACAAUCUGCUCAGAUCCGUUCGUUAGAAUAGAAAAGCCAUUCGAAUGAAGUUAUGGACCGGUCAGCCACGAGGCGCAAUCCCCAAAAUAGUUCCAGGCAAUUGUAGGCUUUUACCGGUCUUCUUUCAGGAGUUCAUACAAAUUACCCAUUGACAUUACAUAGUCAUAUACUAGCUGGUUGAGUAUGGGGAGUUUGUGGGGUUUAAUCCACCGAAAGCUGCUCUAUUUAUACGAAUGGACAUAGUCAUACGAAUGGCAUGGAAGUUCAGCGGUGUUCGCGAGGUCGAGUAGCAGAUUUUAGUUCCAUGCACUCAAUGACCAAACACCGCUGGGGGUUCAUAUGCAAAGAUGGCUGCCGCCACGUUUCGGUUAUACGAACGGUGGCCACCCAUUAAAUCAUUAGCGUUCUGCGGUUUUUCGUCGUUGCCAGUUUGUUAAUUGGAGACACACGACUCCCUUGUGUGGUCUCCCAUUCAGUGGUUUAUUCGUUUCACGAACAGUAUAUUUGAAUUCUGUUCGUGAAAACAGCAUAUGAAUGUCCCCAGUCUUUACAGGUAGAAAUAAACGAAUGUGGGUGAUGCUGAGGGUGGUGAGGGUGGUGAGGGGGAUGAUGCUGAGGGUGGUGGGGGGUGAUGCUGAGGGUGGUGAGGGUGGGGUGAUGCUGCGGGUGGGUGAUGGUGAGGGAGGGUGAUGCUGAGGGUGGGUGAUGGUGAGGUAGGGUGAUGCUGAGGGUGGGUGAUGCACAGUAUAUUGUGUACUGAAAGAGUCGUAGCAUAGCUUUGACGUUUGUUUAUGCAUUAUUGUUAUUGUAAUUCGUCUGGGACAAAAUGGCGCAAACAUAUUAUGCACUGAGGUUAUUGCUUAAAGAAACAGUUAUGAAAAACAAUAUGUUCAAUUUCUAACACCUUGUCAGUUUGCAAUAUCUCUUAAAGACAAAGUACACAGUUUAAGAAAUACAUUUAAUUCUAAAACUUGUAAUAUUUGCAUUUGCCCAUAACACCCUCUCCAUUAAGCUGUGGGCAUUGUAGCGCAUUUCUUCCUUAAAUUAGUAAACCAAAAUUCUCCAACAGUCUUUAGGUUUUUGUGCUCCCAGCAUCUUUGAUCAUUGUUGUAACAGUAAAAUAUCCGUACUGUGAUCUUUGCCUGUAAAGGUGGUUGAUUAAAAUGAGCAAAGCUUUUGUCUGGGAAAGAAUUGAAAAGAACACCAGGUUCCAGAGUAAGAUAUUCUUGGAUGUAUCCGGAUACGAAUUGUAAUCCAAAGUUAAAAGUAGUAAUUGUAUUUGUAAUCCAAAAUCUUAAAGGCCUGUAGAAUUUUACAUUCCUUAGAUACAUUGCUGGAGGUUGUGUUUGUAGAAUACCCGGGUAUUUGUUGUAGAGUAUAGGUUGUAGAGUCCAGCUUUCCAAAUAUUUGGCUAGAAUUGGUUGCAGAUAUUGAAUCAGCAUCAUCUGUUAUCACCGUGGUGAUGGUGUUGGUAUUUGUCUUUGCUUGUUUGCUUUUUGUUUAGUUUUUUUCAUGAAACAUUUUUACACCGUUUAUGAUGUGUAUAGAUUGGAUACUCUCCAAUAUUCUUUUACGGAAUAAAUUGAUUGACAGCAUUUCCAAGACAUUGUCUUACGUGACAUGGAUCCCAAUAUAGUAAAUGUUAUGUUGAUACAGCAAUCAAAAUGGAUUCUCAAGGACACCUCUUUUUGCGGUAAUGGAAUCUUUGUAACACCUCUACAUCUCAAUGACAUCAUGACAUCAGGUGCUGUUGUGCUAAAAAUGUUAACAGGUAAAAUCUGUGGAAAAAUCUUUACAUUUGUUAUACUUUGUAUAAUAAUGAUAGGUGAAAUAGUAACAUAGUUAAUCUUUUUAGUGUUUUGUAUUAGAGAUAAACACCCUUGUAUAUGAUUUAGAUAUAUAAGGAUAAUUUGAAGCAGCAAAGCAUUUACCGCCUUUGUUCACAAUGGUAUAUAAAAUUACAUUCUCUUUAAAUGUUAAAAAUACUCCUUUAUUCAAAAUGUAUCAAUCUAUUUAGAAUAGUUGCUAAUUGGAAAUAUGACGUUAAUUAUCUUUCCUUGACCUGUUAGGGAGAAGACAACUUAUUACCUAGUUAUUACUGGCUUAAAAUACCAGAAACACCCAAAAAUUGUCUUAAAACCUUUUUUUUUUUUUAAACCAAGAUCGGACAGCCAUUGUGGAAAGUUACGUUCAUGAGAUUGGAUGCUUAACAAUGUGAAUCUUAAUUGUUUAAGUAUAUUUAUCAGUGGCUGUUGGGUGUAACUUAAGAUGAUUUGGAUUUUUAUUAUUAUUUCUAAAAGUGAGUUAAGAAAGCACUCAGAUACAAUAUUGAAGGUAUUUAUAUUUUAACUCUACCUUUGUAUAAGUGGUUUUAACACUUCCAUACAGGGCCGGACUGGGAAAAAAAUUAGGCCCGGGCAUUUUUCAAUCAGAGCGGCCCCCUAAGAAGGGGGCGGGGCCAGAGAGGGUGUGUUUUGUCAUCACUAAUGACAACACGCCCCCUCUCAAAGUGAGCAUGUUGGUUCAAUGCCCAGAGCCCUGCUGAAGAGCUCUGGCAUUAGAAAAAGGCCCUGUAUUUGUUCUGCCCAGCGCAAGCAAAUGUAAUAACAUGCUUGUGUUGUGUUUGCUUUUAAAUUGUCUCUGGUGUCUCCACAAGUGGGAUACCAGAGGACAAAAGGGCCAGGAAAGUGCAUGGUGCAUAUGUUUGGAGCCUGCUUGUGGGAUUGCGUGUGUGUAGAGUGUGGUGUGGUAUUGUAUAAAUAGGUCAAUUUAAUUUGUGUUUGUGGUGUAAUAUGUGUGGCUAGGGGCUGUAGAGAGUGUGUGUAUAGGGGGCAUAGUUUUAUAGGGGAUGCAGCGAGUGUGUGCAUACGGGCUGAAGUGUGUGUGUAUAGGUGACGUAGUGUGUGUAGGGGUUGCAGAGAGGGUGUGUUUAGAGAAUGUUGUAUGUGUUUGCUGACAAGGAAUGUAGUGUGUGUGUGUAGGAGAUCUACUGUGUAAAGGACCGUGUGUGUGUGUGUGUGUGUAUAGAGGAUAAAGAGUGCAUAUAGAGUAAGGGAUCUAGUGUGUAUCUGGAGCGUAAUGUGUGUAGUGGUGCAUUGUGAGGGGUGCUGUAGUGUGUGUGUGUGUGUGUGUGUAUGUAUAUAUAUAUAUAUAUAUUUGGACUUAUUGUAUGUGUGAGGGGCGCAGUGUGUGUAUGUAAGAGGGGUGCUGUGUGUGAGGGUGUUUUUAUCUGCUGUCACAUUCUAGGUUUCUAAUUUUCUUUGUCUGUUAACUCACUGAGGGUUAUUUUAUAUAUAUAUAUAUAUAUAUAUAUAUGAGUGUGCUGUGUGUGUGAGGGUGCUGUGUGUGUCUGGGUGCUGUGUCUGGGGGGUGCUGUGUGUGUCUGUCUGGUGCGUGCUGUGUGUGCUGUGUGUGUCUGGGUGCGCUGUGUGAGUCUGGGUGCGCUGUGUGUGUCUGGGUGCGCUGUGUGUGUCUGGGGGUGCUGUGUGUGUCUGGGUGCUGUGUGUAUCUGGCUGCUGUGUGUGUCUGGGGUGCUGUGUGUGUCUGGGUGCGCUGUGUGUCUGGGGGCUGUGUGUGGGUUGGUGUGUGUGGGUGCAGUGUGUGUUGCUGUGUGUGUCUGUGUGGUGGUGCUGUGUGUGUCUGGGGGUGUGUGUCUGUGCUGUGUGUGUCUGGGGGUGCUGUGUGUCUGGGGGUGCUGUGUGGGGUGCUGUGUCUGGGGGUCUGUGUGGGGGUGCUGUGUGUGUCUGGGGUGCUGUGUGUGUCUGGGGGCUGUGUGUCUGGGGGGUGCUGUGUCUGGGGGGGUGCUGUGUCUGGGGGGGUGCUGUGUCUGAGGGCUGUGUCUGGGUGAAUGUAUUUUUUUAUUUAAAUUUAAAUAUUUUUUUUUACUAAUAUAAAAAUAUAUAUAUAUAUAUAUUUCCCCCCCCCCUCCCUUCUUACCUUUAUCCUGGGAGGGGGGGGGGUGGAGAUCCGUUCUGCCUGGGGGGUGGGGAGCCGUGCUGCAUUCCCUGGUGGCCCAGUGGUGAGAGUGAACUCUAGCCUGCAGGUUAGAGUUCACUCUCGCGAGAUGAAUCCCGCAAGAGGAUCCGGCGGAGCUGCUUGUUAGAGCUCCGCCGGGUCCUCUCUCCUCCCUCCCCAGCCGGCGGCCGCAUUUCCAUGCCUGUGGGCCGGUGAGGGAGAUCUUUGAUCUCCCCACCGGCCCAUGGAGGCACUAUGCAGGGCCGGCGCUCGGAUAGCGCUAGCCCUGCACGGGCCGGCAGGGGAGAUCCUGUGAUCUCCCCUGCCGGCCUCGGCCCCACGGCCAUCGCGGCCCACCGGGCAUUUGCCCGGUGUGCCCGAUGGCCAGUCCGGGCCUGCUUCCAUAACAAUAGAUAUCAGAAUCUGUUGUAACUAUAACUGGUUGAAGUGGGGUAUCUUACAAUCAGAAUAAGAAUUAAUAAUCAUAUGCAUGAAAUAUUGAUUAAACAAUCAAUAGAUGUGGCAGGAUCAUUACCACAAGGUAUAUGUACCUUUAACCAUCACAAACCAAAUAAAAAAAAAUUUGUAUUUGAAAAACUGAUAAAAUAUUUGAUUACGUGUAUUUUAAUAUAUAUACAUAGAGCGGUAUGGAUGUUGAAUUUAUAUCUUUGACAUCUUUUCACCAGUUUGCAAUAGGUGACCUAAAUUAUCAAUUUCCAAAAUAAUCAUGUAUAUCACCUGGACGGGUUAAUCCACAAUACUCUUUUACUUUCCAUUGACUGGCCUUAGCUCUGGCAGACUGAAUAUGUUUAUCAUUGUAAAUAUAGGUUUGUGAUAAGUGAAAUAAAGUUUUUGCCUGUCUUUCAGUUACAUUUUAACUGUUGAAGUACUUCACUUAUAUUAAUUAAUUAUACCACUCUGCAAACUUAAACGAAUAUAGAGUAGUUUCUGAUUUAAUAAAAACAUUUCACAUUUUCUUCUAAAGUUUAAACAUUAUACAUUAUUGCAGUUGUUAUUGUAAUCAUAUGAUCUUUAACUAUCAUGAUUCCAUUAUUCAUCUGGGUAAUUAGCUGUUAUGCUCUUAUACUUUAAGUCUAAUAUAUUUGUUUGUAAGCCAGACUGCAGCUGCUUAUGGCAUUUUAGCAAUAAUCUUCAAUUGCGUUUCAGAUACUCACAAAGUCUAUCCACCUUUGCAAUUAACACAUUAUGUGUUUAUUUUAUACCAUUAAUUAUAGUAUCUGUAUUAUAUUACACAUUGUCACUGACACAUUUCUGAUACAGGGAAAAAAAUAGCAUGAUUGCUUUAGUAAUUAUAAAUUUUCUGUCCAUGUACCAAAUUCCUGGAAGUCCAGAAUAUAGCAAGAAUCCUUGGUCUAUGGUCCCAGGGAGCCAUUUAACGUUUUGAUGGGUAUAGUUAUACCAAAAGAGCAAGGAGUACAUUGGUAGAUCACAUCUGCAACAGAACCAUUACAGAUUCAUUGUUGUAUCAAUGUCUCUGUGUUUAUGUUUACAGGAGUUCCUUGCUUUGCAGGUAUGUACAUAAUAUGUAGAGUUUAAGAAAAAAAAAAUCGUGCUUUAGUACAAGUGUCAGGUUUCUGAAGGAUUUUGCUGGCCUUUUAUAUUUCAUUCUCUUGGCAGGACAUCUGCUCUUAGUAGGCCGGUCUUGUUAUUAUUUAUUAAUUUCAUCAAGGUUUCUUUCGUUAAUGUGUUUAUUUCAAAUUCAUAUGCCACCAAAUGUCAUUGUAAAGUUCAUUGUUUCAGAAUAUUGUUCCAGGAUGGUUUUUCACUCCAGUAGGAAAUCUAUAUUCCUCUUCUUGUGCUCCUUCCUAUUAACCACUUUUUGUCGUAGGCAACAAUCUGUGUUUUGUACUGUGAGGUGCUUUGAUAGUCAAUCUGGUUUUGUCAGUACCAUGUUCCAUCUUGAGAAACAGCUGGGUGUUGACAGUUAUCAGCCUUUAUUUCUUUUUCCGGUCAUCUUCUGUCUUCAUAGGUGCAUCCAAAGUUUUUCACAAGCAUCUGUCCUUUCAUUUCUGUUUUCAGGAAUGAUCUCAAUAGGUUCCUUGGGAAAUACCAGUGUAGGUCACCUUAGCAAUCAUUUCACUGUGAGCUGUGUCUCUCCUUUCGAGAUGGUUCUUGGAGGUAGUCCUCACGAUCACAGAACUUGUAUUAUGUGCAGUACAAUUCAGUUCAGGUGCCUCCUGCUUGUUAACAUAAUCCCAAUGCAGUUUUAAAACGACAGCUAAAGUUUAUGUUAUGAUAAUGCUGCAGAUUGUAAGAAGGAGACACCAUAACCAAUUUUCUAGCAUCCUUUUGCUUGCAUCUUUGCAUUUCUUUCUUACUGUAUAAGAUAAUUCAGGUACAGUCUUUUUUCUCCAGAGUCUUUCUGAUAAUGAUGUUGAUGAUUCAUUUUUCAUAUAUUCCAUGUUAACUGUGAAUGUAUCACGCCUGUCUGUUCAUCCACCUCCUUCACAUUUGCAGGUUCAGAUGUCAGAGAAUGAUUCAGUCUGUUACGUGGCUAUGAUUCUGGUGUCGUCCUCUGUUUGUUUUAUCUUGCCAUCUUUAACAGCAUCCCUUGUAUCAGUCAGUGGUUCUGUAAACGUCCUGGAAGUAUUUAGCAGGUUUUAAAAUAUCAAAACUUACUGUUCUUUGUUGGCUCUGAUUGUUCUCUGUAGUAAAAGUUCUCGGAGUCACCCUCUCCAGGACAAACUGGCCAACAGUAAGAAAAAGUUGGUGGUGCAUGGUGAGGUGGGCUGGAAAAACAAAUUCCCUAAAUUUCUCUAAUAGAACCAAUGGUUCUAAGCUCUCCCUGGUGCAGAAAUAUGAUGGUCAGUGAAAAACAUGUAACAUUUCAUAUGGUGUCUCACCAUUUGUAUCAUCAGGUAUGUUGUGAAUGCUCAUCUGUACCAUAGGAAUAAAUAGAUACAACUGUGUGGGGCAAGCAACUAGUAACUUGGUUAAUAAUCAUUUAACCUCAGCAUUUUCCCAGACCACAACCCCACUACUUUGGGGGUGGUUGGCACACUGAAAUCCCAAAGUAACCCAAAUGUGGUUGCCCAGUUUUAGGUUUCCUUUGCAGUAACUGCAGGACCACCAUCCAAAUGGAUGGUCCUGGGAUUAUCAAAUGCAUACUAAGGAAGUGAGACUAGAAAACAUGGUAUCAGAGGUUGCACUUCGCACAGGAUAUAUCCAAGUAAACCUGGUACAUGCAUCCACACAUACAAAAACGUAUUUAUAACCAUGAGAUGUUGGCAAACUUCCAAUAUAUAGUAAUUCAAAAAGUACGUUAGAUAUUAAUAUUUCAAUAAACAGUACAUAAGUAAUGUGGCAAUAAGCAAAUGCUUAUGAUUACUAAACACAUGAAUUACAGUAUUUCCCAUAUUGGACCACCAAUAUUCUUUUUCAGGAGUCAGAAGUACAUUAUCUCUCUAUAUGAGCUUGUCCUAGCCAUGAAAAAUCUUUUGGGCAAGUCUAUCUUUCCUCUAUAGGAAGAACAACCAACAUAUUACCCUCAAUGGGUAAUAUGUAAUUAACCCCUCUAAAGUAUAGGAGUAGGUAUGCGGAUAAACAGGUGGAUUAGGUCUGUUAUCCUUGCAAGCAUAAACUCUGCAUCAUGACUGAGAGAUAGGGUAUGUUUAAAGCGUUGGUAGACACAUUGCAUCAAAGUGCCUGUUAACGACCAACUAUAUGAGGAGAGGGCCCAUGCUUUGUUAUAAGCAUGCCCAUACACGUAUUACAAUGCCAGGCUUUCAAUUUGUUACCACAAAGUAAAAUGCAGUUGUAGAUAUAAACUCACAACGUAUCAUAAGAAAAACGAUUUGAACACCAGAUUGAGAUUCGAGAUCAGUGAACAGUGGACCAAAAUAGAUAAAUGAAAUCCUAUCAAUUAAUAUACUUUCAAUAUAUUUUCUUUAAAUUACUUUAUCCUCUGUAUUACCUAUAAAAUAUUAAAGUUAAAACAAUAACAUUUAAAAGCCAACUUUUAGUGUGCAUAGGAAUUACAAGGCCGUUCAUAAUGUGAGAUAAAGAACAGCUUUUUUAAAAACCGAAUAGUCUGUGACACAAAAUGACCUUGCACUGAAAAUUCACUUGCAUACAAUUCACUUGUGUAGUUACAAUUUUAUUUUGCCCUGGUUUAUCUUACAUAUAUAUUAUUUUUAAUCAUUUUAUAAAUAUUUAUUUUUGCAGAGCAUUUAGAGAAGCAAAGGAUGUAUAACCACCUGUUGCCCUUUUUUCUAGAAGGGUAGUAUAAUUUCAACUCUGUUUAGGAAAAAAUAUGAGCUGGUUAGCAUAUAUUAUAUAAAUAUAUGCUGCAGUGUACUGCAUUGUACUGCACUGAAUGUAUUUAAAAGCCACGCCUUUCUCUUUAUGGCUGUAUCUAAUAAUGUUGUUCAUAAUUUGGAAUAUAAAACAACGACUUCUCAUUUCCUUGGAAUGUUUACAAGUCUCUGUAUCUCCGCACCUUUGCCUGGAAACUCCAGACUCCAAAAAUAGUUAUGCUGUUAUAAUUCCUGAUUUUCAAUCAACAGCUAGCGUAACUGACAAUUUGGAAAUUAUCACUGUUUUAUAAAACUUUUCUUAUAUAGUGGACUAUCUGUCACUUCUGUAUCACUUUUCUUUUGACAUUAUCUUGCAUUAAUCUUUAUUCUGCGCAUGCAUACUAAGCAGCUACAAAGAGAACAUAUCACCCUGCCUGCAACCAACUGUCCUGGAACUAAUGGACCAUGCUAUGCUGGUGUAUUAGGCAUAUUAGGGAGUUUACCAAAUAUGUAUAUUUGUUCUCUUAUGAUAUUAAGAUCCACAAUUUCAGCAUUGUCUGCUAAUUACAAUGUACCUGGCACCUGAACUUAAAGUGCCUUGUACAAGUUCACAUUAAAAUCAUCUCUCCAUGAUGAAGAUCUCUCUCUGAGUCUGGGCUACAAAUAGCUCAAUAGAUUCUUGAUAUUUCAAGACUUGUGCCAUGACAAAGUAUUGUGUCUUCUCUUCCGUAUAAGAGGUUACCUAGGUAUUUAUUAUUUUAUAGUUAAAGCUUCCAAGUACAAGUCCCUUCGUGGUCGCCAAUUGUAACCGCAGGUGGUUCCCUUAUUUACCACUAUAAUGUCUUAAAGCAAAGAACUUAGUAGGGCUAACCAUACAGCUAUCUUAGCCAUAAUUUUAUAUAGUUAGUGUAAUAGAUCCUCUAUUUAACAUAUAUAAAUAAUUGAGAAUACAAUAUAAAAUAAGGAUUGUCUUGGAAGCAAUAGUUUUGUCUUUUAGAUAUUUAUUAUAUAAAAAUAUAAAUAUAGACAUGUAAAAUCCAUUAUAGCAGAGUUUAUAAGAUUAAACUAAAUGCUUGCAAAUAUCAUUAAUAGGUUAACAUACCCUUCUGAACAUGUCAUCAUGUCAGCCUCUGUCAUUUUAAGAUGGAGCAGCGUCUGUCUCCAAGUCUCUCCUCUGUGUCUUAACAUUUAAAAGUACACCUAUUUAUACCUUAGGUGUCUCCAUUUUAGGGUUACCGUAGUUCAUAUAUGAAAAAGUAACACUUCUUUUACUUUAUUCAUUUUAGGAUCUCCCUUAACUUGACAAACAUACAAGACCAUAACUAAAGGGUGUAUACGCCAUGGAAAUUUUCCUGACUUAGUUCAAGAUAGCAUCUUAAAGUCUGGACAUCCUUAUCUACUUAAGGUUACCACAGUAUAUUGUGUACUGAAAGAGUCGUAGCAUAGCCUUGAAGCUUGUUUAUGCAUUAUUGUUAUUGUAAUUCGCCUGGGACAAAAUGGCGCAAACAUAUUAUGCACUGAGGUUAUUGCUUAAAGAAACAGUUAUGAAAAACAAUAUGUUCCAUUUCUAACACCUUGUCAGUUUGCAAUAUCUCUUAAAGACAAAGUACACAGUUUAAGAAAUAAUAAAUAAAGUACACAGGUUAGAAUGAAAACAACAUUUCAUUUUAAAACUUGUAAUAUUUGCAUUUGCCCAUAACAAGGCUGAGGGUGGUGGGGGGGUGAGGCUGAGGGUGGUGGGGGGUGGUGAUAUGAGGGUGUCAUGUAACAGGCAUAAGCGGCUCUAGACUUUAUGAGGCCUUAGGCGAAACUCAAACAUGAGGCCCCACUAACAAAAAUGUUUCACAUAUACACAUUGAUGCACAGUUUACCUGUGUAUGUGCCUGAGAGUUUGUCUGACAGAGAGUAUACUUGUGUGUAAAUGUAUGUCUCUGUGAGCAUGUUUGCGUUUUUGUCUGAGACCCUAUGUGUAUGGGGUAGCUGCUUGAAGUGUGUUGUGGGUAUGGGGGGGGGAGUGAUGGUGAGCAGGAGGAAAAUGGCGCAUGGGCAUGGCUUGAUGGUGACAGGAGUGAUGGUAUGCAAAGUGGAUGUGAGAGGGGUGGAUGGUAUAGAGAAGAGGGCUGAUGGUAAUGAGAGUGGAGGGGGGUGAUGGGAUUUUGGGGGUGAUGGAGAGAGGGAGAGGGCUGAUGGUAAUGUGGAGAGGGAGGGAAAGUGAUGCAGGGGGUGAUGUGAGAGGGAGGGGGACAGAUGUGAGAGGGGUGAUGAGAGGGAGGGGGGGUACGGAGAGGAGGGGUGAUGGAGAGAGAGGGGGGCAUUUUUGAGAGAGAGGGGGGUGAUUGUGGAGAGGAGGGGGUGAAGUGAGAGGGAGGGGUGAUGUGGAGAGGGAGGUGAUGUGAGAAAGAGGGGCAUGGAGAGGGAGGGGGGUGAUGUGUGGACAGGAGGGGUGAUAUGAGAGGCGGAUGGGAGAGGGAGGGGUGAUGUGGAGAGGAAGGGGGCUGAUGGAAGGGGGGGUGAUGUGAGAGGGGGUGAUGGGGGUGAUGAGAGGGGGGAGGUGAUGUGGAGAGGAGGGGGUGAUGUGAGAGGAGGGGUGAUGAGAAGGAGGGGGGGCACGGAGAAGAAAGUGAUGUGAGACCUGAGGGGGGGGUGAUGGUGGGAGGGAGGGGGUUGAUGUUGAGGAUGAGGGAGGGGGUUGAUGGUGAGGAUGGCGUUGAUUGUGAGGUAGGGGGGCUGAUGGUGAGGGGGGUUGGAGGGGGGGGGGGGUUAUGCCAGGGGUGGGGCAUGAGGGGGUGAUGCGCUGAUCGUGGUGUGGGGGUGAUGCUGCUGAGGGUGGUGAGGGGGGGUGAUGCUGAAGGUAGGUGAUGGUGAGGGAGGGUGAUGAUGAGGGUGGUGGGGGGUGAUGCUGAGGGUGGGUGAUGCUGAGGGUGGUGUGGGGGUGAUGCUGAGGAUGGUUAUAACAUAUCCCAACCUAUUUUUGCCCUACACAGAUAUCUGCAUAUAAGGCUUCCACGUUUUCCCCAUUUUCUUCAUCACAUACUUGCCAAAUAUUUACCUAUAAUUCAUGGUUGACAUACAAACAUACCCCACCACCUUUCCUGUCUUUUCUUUCCUUCCUAAAUAUUGUAUAGUGUGUGGCCUGCUCACUGUCUGGUUACCCAGCAGCUAUUGUCAUGUCUACUGACCAAUGUCCAAAGUGAGUAAGUGUUUUCUAUUACAGAGAACAUUUUGAAUCCCCAACACUUACAAAUGCCCCCGCAACUGGUGGAGAAAACAGGCUUCCUCAAGGCCAAUCUUCCACACUUGGGUUGUCCUGCUCUCCAGUUUGAUAUAUGAGUUGUCAGAAUCUGCUAGCUGAAAUCCUACUGGCCACUCACCUCUACCUUUAAAGUUGUUUUUAGAUUUGUAAAAGUAUUUUAAAAUCUGGAGGUAAAUAAAAAAUUAAAUGAAAUUAAAUUUCUCCUGCUGCUGCUAUUUUCCUUUUUUCAAAUGCCUUUCAGUGCAGUGGUUUUGCCCUGCCUGGCUGACUCUUAUGAUGCCUUCUAGUUUCGCAGACACAUUUGGGACAAGCUGAUAGGGCACUGUGUUUUUUCCACACUGAAAGAUAGUUACUGACACUACAGACUGUGUAGGAAAACUUUGUUCUUGUCAGAGUGGAAGAGAUGAGCGGGUGGUCAACUGCCCACUGACCUUUUCCUUCCAUUUUUGGAUAAAUCACGUAUUUUGUUAAUUUUCAUGAUAGAAAAUGGCAAUAAAAAAAGAUUGUGGCAAACCUAGCCACUUGGACUAUAUCAAGAGACUAUACCUUUAAGGGUUGCCUAUAUGUCGGUGGGGAUAUGUGUUCAUCCAUGUAAAAUGUAUGCGGGCUGUAAUAACUGUGUAUUUCCUGUAUUUGCUAUACGCCGAAUGCAGAUAGCUAUUUGUAUGAGGUUUUCCGUUCGUUUCACGAACGGCACUUUGUCAGGCCGUUCGUGAACCGAAAACACUACACAUAAUAGCCCACACACUUAGAGGCGUGUGGCGCUUGUUAACCGAUUGCAACAAUGUUGCAAUCGGUAAUUAGAGGCUCUCCUGGGUGGCCGCCGUUCGACUACCGACCAUGCGGCGGUCGGCCAUCUUGGAUCCUUUGUUCCCUCAGCGGUGUUAGGUCGUCGAGCUCAUGGUACUAAAAACGGCUACUCGAUGGCACGAACACCGCUGAGCCUCCAGGACGUUCGGGAGUUACGGGCCGUUCGGCAUUUCAUUCCCUGGAAGGCAAUCAGUCUUUUUAAUAUGUUUUUCAAUGAAUGUGUUUUUCAUGCGGCGUUCGGUUGUUUUAGCUGGGAUCUGAGCGGUAAUCUCACGAAUGAUGCGCUCAGACCCCAGCUAUCUACCGAACGUCCAUUCGUGCAAAUAGACUACAUAUUUGAAAAGUUAUGCAUUUUCAUGUGAAUUGUCGGUUCUGCUGCACGGAGGGAUAAUCCACUUAACGGUAUAUUCCAGUGGGAGUAUCCCUCUCGUGCAGCAGUGCCUGAUGGGAGAAAUAGCUUGUACAAUAAGUCCCCCAUGUAGUCCCCUCUGGGAAUGCCCCUGGGAAGGGACUCAGGAAACCCCUUGCAUGGGGACUUGUAUAAAUUGUGGAGCUGAAAUAAAAGACCUCAGUUGACUCUCAGAACUGUGUUUCGUCCGGUUACUGGGAGAUUUGGGAUAUUGCCUUGUUGUUUCCAGCACUUGACUGUGGAUUACUUCAUGAACCAGCGGAAUUCGUGGAUUUAAUAUUGGCGUUCCGCUACAAAGAUUAUAAUUAAUAAUUAUAAAAGUAAGUUUUUUAACUUCCUAUUUUUUAGAAUCCAAAUAUAUACUAAUGUAAUUUUGUCAACUCAGAAUUGGCAUUCCAAGAAUGCCUGAUAUAGUUUUGCCACAAGGCUAGGCAAUAUUGUAAUUUUUUUUUGCAUUCUAGGGAGCAUUUUUUCCUGCUGUUCUGGCUGCCAAAUGGCUUUUCCAAAUGUUUUUCACUACCGACACUUGGCCAAACAGCGUCAUGAACUAAAUUCUGUCACCCCCUAAAAAAAGAAAUUUUCCAAAGUAUUUUGGAAGAACCAAAAUGUUUUGCGCUAAACAAGUCAAUAUUUCCUCUCUUCUGAACAGUGUGCUCAGUUCCGUUAUUACUUAUUUUGCUUUGUCACAGUAUUCUCAAUUUAGAUUCCCUCACUUUCCAAAUGAUAUGUUGUGCAUCUAUCAAAAUAUGUGUCCUGUGUUCUUCCCCAUAUUUAGCAACUUUUGCUUUAGCCACUUUACCCAGAGGACUAUAUACACAAAAUUGUACUGGGGAUAAAACAUUUCUUUUUACAGCUGGAUGUAAUUCAUUGACUUUAUUUAAACGUAGUAAUCUGUGGAUAUCCUGUAUAACUGCACCUUUUUUAAAAGGGAAACAUGCAGAAAAUCCUUAGUAACCGCGGUGGCAAUCCCCCAAAAGAAAAGAGAAACAACAACAAUGAAAAGUUCACCUCUGAACCACAAAAACUGCUUGACACCAGACCAAAGGACUUUAUAUUGGCUGAAGUGGCUGAAGAAAAUAUAAUUUCUAGAGAAAAAAAUAAUGACAUGUUAGGAUAAGGAUCAUUGUGCAUGUUUUCCUAACCUUUUGAUUUAGCAAUUAAAAUAAACAUUAUAGUGUGGAUUGUACGAUAAAUCUUAAUCUCCCUUUGACUUAUGGUUCCCAAUUUUUCCUCAUUGUCCCUAGAGUUAGAACUCUGAAUAUUGGUUGCAAACACAGCAUAAAAUCAGCAUACAUAGAUCCUAAACAUACAAGUAUAAUGUUAAAAGUUAUUUACUUUAUGGCUGAUAUGGGGUGCAUUUAUUUUUAUUGCUCUUUAACUCUUGUGGAUUCGUAGAACAUUAACAAGUUUCUUCAUGUUCCUUAAACCCUUCAUGAAUGCAAACCACUUGGUAGUGUUUUUUUAUAACUUAACACGGUUAAAAAGAAGCAAGAGCUUAAACCAACAUUUAUUAAAGUAAUACCACAUCAAAUAAAAUAAACUAUAAUACAAUGCCUGUAAUCAAAUGGUCUACAUGUUUGUGAAUUCAAGUUUUGCUGGCUAAAAAUAGACAAAUCAUGUGCAUUGUUUUUUUUUUAAUAUUUGAUUUUCUUUUCAAACAUUUUUUAAUAAAGGUUUUAGAUUUUUACAUCAAUAAAUGCAGUACUUUUAUAUUGAAUACAUACAAGACAAAUUUUAUAUGGAGUUACAUGCAUCAAAUGUACAAAAAGUGUACAAACAAAACAAACAAAAAAUUGUUUCUAGUAACAACAGUACAAUUACUUCAUUAUAUUGUUUUUUCCUUGUAUGCCUAUUUCUAUUUUGAAGUUAUUGUUUCCAGAAAUGGACAUUAAUAUUAAGGAAUGGACAUCAUAUAACAUGUUACAUAUUGAUAUUUUGUAAACAUUUUUUAAAGAAUGCACUACUCUCAUUUCAAAUCCUGAAAAACAAAUAUAAACUAUCCAAACUUUAUAGUAUCUCCUCUAUAGACCACUCAUACACAAUUUGACAAAACACGAAUCUGGAAACUAUUUGUGAUUUUCUACAUUUUUCACUAGGAAUGGCUCGCAGUGUGAAGUCACAGAAACCACUCAAAACAAAAUUACAGCUUGUAGAUUUGGCUGGCAGCGAAUGUGUAGGUAUGUUUUUUAUUUCUCCUUUAAGAUACAAUGCUUAUUUAUUUUAGUCUUUGUCUUAAAGAUUAAUUUACUCAUUAUUGUUCAGAAAUAUGUAGUGCUUUAUAAUGCUCCCCAUAUGGACUCCACUGCAAUUUAUAAAAAUGUAUGAAAUGUUUACUACAACCUUUUUAUUUUUUUCAAUAAAUUAUGUCCUAUUGGGCAUUAUUCUUAAGCCCCUCCCUGAACUAUAAAAUUGAAGGGUGAAGAUCCCCCCUGUUUUCCACCCCCCUUACAAAACAUAAAAAAACCCUGUAAAAUAGGGCCCAGUGUUGCACACUGAACUUAAAGGAACACUCCAGGCACCCAGACCACUUCAGCUAGUUGAAUUGGUCUGUGUGCUGUGCCCCUAUUGCACUUAGUGCUGCAAUGUAAAACAUUGCAGUUCCAGAGAACUGCAAUGUUUACAUUGCAGCUCUAAGUCUGCCCUCUGUGGCUGUCUAUCAGACAGCCACUAGAGUGCUCCUGGAAUCCAAACCGACCUUUGGUUGGUUAUCUGACGCUGGACGUUCUCACGGACCUCCAGUGUCAGAUAUUCCCCAUAGGAAAGCAUUAAAUAAUGGUUUCCUAUGGGUAGGUCUAAUGCGCGUGCCCAUUGCUGCGCAUGUGCAUAAGGUCUCCCCCACUGGCUGACGUCGGUGGGGGAGGGGCGUGAGCGGAGCCUGACCCUACGCCGAGGGACAUCGGUGCUGGAUUCUGGUAAGUAGCUGAAGGGGGUUUUAACCCCUUUCGGCGACAUGGGAUGGGCGGCGGGAGGGAGGGGGGGCUACUGCAGGAUCCUGCAGUGCCAGGAAAAUUGGUUUGUUUUCCUGGUACUGGAGAGUCCCUUUAAAUGACACUAAAGGUAUCCAGACCACUUCAUCUCAAUUUUAACCAUGCAAUAUAAAACAUUACCAGCUUAUUUUAUUGUUUCUACUUAAUAUUUUCUUUUUUAGAAACAAAAAUGGUUUGAUAAACAAGCAAAAAAAAAGUAAUGGUUACAGUUACAAAAUGUUUUGACAUAUAGAUUAAAUAUUCAGACUAAUUAUAUUUUGAAUAACUGGGUAUUGUUUAUAUUGUACUAGGUAUGUCUGGAGUGAAGGGAGCAGCCUUGAGAGAGACAUCUUUCAUUAAUCGCAGCUUAUCAGCCCUGUCAGAUGUCCUGGGAGCAUUAUCAGAACACUGCUCUCACAUCCCUUAUCGCAACAGUAGGCUUACACACCUGCUCCAAGACUCUAUUGGUAAGUCAAUUUUAAUUUUUGUUUGCUACAUGAAGGGACAAGGACAUCUUUGUCAUGUUUUUUCUUAACAAUUUGUCUGUAUUUUUAUAAUGCUCUUUCUAAAUUAGGCUUCAAUCCCAAUUCUGCCCUUAUUUCUGUUUGAUAAUGGGUACUGAAUGUUUUAGCUGUUUUCUGACAGUUAUGCCACACAAGUUAGAAAUCAUUAUUAGUUUAUUUAUCAGUUAAUUAUUAGUUUUAAACUAGGAUUAACAUUUCUUGUUGUCUCAAGAUCAAUAUCUGACAUUGCAAGGUUAACCGCAAACAAAAUGAUGUUUUCAUCACAGGUAGAAAUUUAUCAACAGCCGAGCUGAUAACAUGGCGUUGUGGGAGUUGUGCAUGGAACACCAAAAAAAAGCCGUUUGUGGUGCUAACUUUAAGUUAGGGAAUAUUCAGUUUGCGUACAACAUGUGGAUUAUGCUAUGUGACUUUAAUAAUUUGCAGUACAUAAGAAAAUAAGAAUCAAAAACUGCAUAGGUUGUCCUGCAGCUAUUGGUAUUUUACCCCACCCCGAAAACACCUCAUCAUAACCCAAUUUCUACUCACUAUGAGGGCCGGUGGAAAGUUUGAGUCUUGCACUCGAACAAAUAGAAAUAGCAGCAUUUUCUUAAUCUUUCCUACAUGCAUCCCUAGGCCCAGGCCUAUUGUAACUCCUGCCCCACUUAAGAACUUUCCAACCAUUGUUGCCAACAUUUGAAAAAAAAUUCUUCAAAGGAGAUUAUUCUUCAAAAGUUGCCGCCAUUUAAACAGCCAAUUUUCAGUGAAUAUUCUGAACCAUUUAUUAAUUCUAUCUGUUUUUGCAUCUGUUGUUUCUUUUGCACCUAGCCAUCUUUUAAUCUACUAAAUUUUUUAGGUGAUACAAAAGAUUUAUCAAAACUUUCUGAAUCUUUUUCUGAUCAAAAAGUGUUCUGUUUCAAUUCUCUUUUUUCCACCAUCCUAAAUUUGUGUGGUCAGCCCAGCAUCAGUAGCAGAUGUCACAGCCCCUGUGUACUGCACCUGUCUCCUAUCAGGCUUUACUUGGAAUAAAAAGCAGAGAGAACAACUCUAUUUAUGAAGCUGUGCAACACUAUGCAAUCAAUGGGACAGAAUCAUAUGAAAUGUUUACUGUAUAACAUUUAUUAUAAUUUUAUUUUAAAGCAGCAUUUUCACCAUUUGGGACUUUGCCAAAUUCAGUUUGCCAAAUUAGGUUGUCCAAAAUCAUAUGCAAAAUAUACAGAUGAGCCAGACUCAUCUGAAAAUCUUGCAAAAUGAUCUGGGACAAACCUAUUUGGAUGAACAAAAAGGGUGCAAAUAAUGAGCCACCACUGUACUGCUAAAUAUACUGAACAAAAUUAUAAACACAACACUUUUGUUUUUGCCCCCAUUUUUCAUAAGCUGAACUCAAAGAUCUAAGACUUUUUAUAUGUACACAAAAGGCCUAUUUCUCUCAAAUAUUGUUCACAAGUCUGUCUAAAUCUGUGUUAGUGAGCGCUUCUCCUUUGCUGAGAUAAUCCAUGCACCUCACAGGUGUGGCAUAUCAAGAUGCUGAUUAGGCAGCAUGAUUAUUGCAAAGGUGUGCCUUAGGCUUGCCACAAUAGUUUUCUGUUUAGUCCGAGUGUGGAGAAAUUAACCAUUUGAUUCUUUUAAUCUACUGCCCCCCUGGUUAUCCUAGACUAUUCAUUGAGCACUUUUCUUCCUGGCUUCCCCACUUCCUCUCAUCUAGCACUCCUAUACUUGGAAAUUUGAAUAUCCCAAUCAACAACCCCAAUUGCACUGAUGCCUCUCUGUAACCUCCUCCUUUGGCCUCACGCAAUGGUCCAAUUUAGCAACCCAUACAGCGGGAAACACUCUGAUCUUGCCGUUGGUGAAGGAGGGGGGGACACAGCUAUCUUGCCUUCACCAACCUCUGUACUGCUUCUAAUCUAUCCAAUAUUCCUUUUCCUCUGUCUGACCACCAUCUGCUGACUUUUGACAUUGGCAUAUCUAAGACCCAAUUGACACCACCGUCUGAACAAUCUCCAAUGUCUUGACCUAGAGCAUUUCUCCACUAAUCUCCAAACUCUCAUUUUACCUAUCUCAAACCUCACCUGUCCUAGUUCUGCAACCUCCUUCUACAAUUCUACCCUCAUCGCUCAACUAGCCAUCAUGGCACCUUGUACAUUUAAACGCCGCAGGCGCCCCCCAACAACAACCCUGGCACACCAAGCUCACUGGAUACCUCCAAAAAUGCUCCAGAAUGCUGAACGCUGUUGGAGAAAGUCUCACUGUGCAUCUGACUUUCUCCAAUAUAAAUUUAUGCUGAGCUCAUACAGCUUGGCUCUUUCCUCUGCAUACCCUCAUAACCACACUCUCCCGCGAACCCAAACGACUAUUUCACACAUUUAACUCUCUUCUUCGCCCUGCUGUUCCUCCUCCACCUACUAACUUGACCGCCUCAGACUUUGCAACUCACUUCACUCACAAGAUCUUUACAAUCAGAGAAGAGAUCUCUCAUCUUCAUUCUUCUUCUUACAAUACUUCCCCUAACUUCACUCCCUCUGCUGUUCUAUGUUAAUUCGCACCUGCUACAUUGGAAGAGGUUUCUGCUCUGCUUCAGUCCUCCCGCCCCACCACCUACUCCCAAGAUCCAAUUCCCUCGCAUCUCCUCUGUACUCUGUCUUCUUCUCUUUCUCCACCUCUCACUAAAAUUCUCAAUCUCUCUCUCUCCUCUGGUAUAUUUCCAAUUUUAAAGAAGCCCAAUCUUGAUCCUAACUCCCCAUCCAGCUAUCGUUCUAUCUCGCUACUGCCUUUUGCAUCCAAGAUCCUUGAAAAAAUUGUGUAUGCGAUAUUGACAGACUUCCUCAAGUCUUGCUGCUAGACCCGCUUCAGUCGGGUUUCCACGCUAAGCACUCUGUAGAAACGGCACUGACCAAAGUAUCCAAUUAUCUACUCGCUGCAAAAUCUAGUGUUUACUACUCUAUCCUAAUUCUCCUUGACUUGUCUGCUGCUUUUGACACUGUUGAUCAUCAACAGCUUCUUCUCAUCCUCUUCAAUAUCGAUCUACAAAAUAUUGCUCUCUCCUGGUGCUCCUCCCACCUCUCCCAGCGCUCUUUCAGUAUUUCUUUCUCUGGCUCUGCUUCUUCUCCCCAACUCCUCUCUGUUGGUGUCCCCCAAGGUUCAGUCCUUGGUCCCCUACUGUUCUCCAUCUAUACUGCCUCCCUUGGUAAACUCCCCAUCCCUCUUGACUAGUGUCUCUGACUGCCUCUCUGCUAUUUCCAACUGGAUGGCUGACCACUUCCUUAAACUAAACUUGACCAAAACUGAAAUUCUGGUCUUUCCUCCAUCAAGUGUUGUUACUCCUGUGUCUGUCUCCCUCCAAGUCAACGGUGCUACCAUCAGCUCCACCACGCAGGCUCGCUGCCUAGGUAUUUUCUUUGACUCCAACCUCUCCUUCAAGCCUCAUGCUCAAUCUAUCGCUAAAUCCUGUCAUUUCCUUCUCAAAAACAUUGCGCGCAUCCGCCCCUACUUAACACCAGAUGCAACUAUGGUGUUGGUCCAUUCCACUUUCCUUUCUUGCCUUGACUACUGUAAUCCGCUUCUCAGUGGUCUUACGUGCUCCCAACUUGCGCAGUUACAGUCCAUAAUGAAUGCGGCAGCGAGGCUCAUCUUCCUGUCCGCCCGCACCUCCCAUGCCUCACCCUACAUUGGCUUCCUAUAAAAUAUAGGGCUCAAUUUAAAAUUCUGGUUCUUACUUUCAAAUCACUACAUAAUGCUGCUCCCACCUAUCUAUCCUCCCUUAUACACAAGUAUGUCCCAUCUAGGCCCUUACGAUCUGCUGAAGACUUACGUCUAUCUUCUGUCUGUACUCCUACCUCUGAUGCUUGCCUUCAAGAUUUCUCGAGGGCUGCACCGUUCCUGUGGAACUCGCUUCCCUCCUCCGCUAGAGGCUCACCCAGUCUCCACUCAUUCAAAAAAUCGUUAAAAACCCACUUCUUCAUAAAAGCAUAUCAAUUAAACUGUUAAUAGCUCCUGACUGAUUCCUCUUCUGCAACUGUCACUAGUCUAAUACUAUCCUUACCUUUUUGUGUCAUUUUACCACACUCCCUCUAGCAUGUAAGCUCAUUGAGCAGGGCCCUCAACCCCUCUGUUCCUGUGUGUCCAACUUGUCUGGUUACAACUACAUGUCUGUUCGUCCACCCAUUGUAAAGCGCUGCAGAAUUUGAUGGCGCUAUUGUAACGGAUCACCUGGCACCCCGACUGGGUACCUCCGUUAAAGGAUGCUCCUAGCGCUUCCUGAGGACUCCAAGCACUGCAGCAGACACCACAACCACCGAACCGGAGAAGCAUAUGAAUCCUCUCAAGCAUAUGAAUGCUGUAGACAGUUGAAUAGGAACCAUACGAAUAGGUUUACUCUCCUAGCAGUCAAACUGGAACAGCAUACAAUAAAUCCUUUCCCCAAUAAUGAGAUGACACUUCACUUUGAGGGUUAAGCAGGAACUCCCUGUAUUGUCACAUACAGUCUCUUUUAUUCCCAAUCCACAAACAUAGUACAGCCCACAGGGCGUUACAAAACAACCAAUCAAUCCGUACAAUACACCCAGACACUCCCACACAAAAUCCUCCCCUCUGCAGGUGAUAUGAUUACUGAACACAAUGGGUAAUCUCAUUAUCACCGGCAGAGGAAUACAGUUUUUACACAAUAUUUAUAACUUCUAAAAUAUACAUGUCACAAACAUAAAACAUACAUUUUCAUAAUCAAUCCAUUCAGGGGAACAACAUAUUAAAAAAUGGCACGAAUCAGACCAGGGGUUCAAAAGUUAAGGGAAAGUCCUUUGUGACUAAAUGAAGCAUGGCUUUCUGGCCCAAACCAGUUUCAGAGUCUUCUAUCCUGGAGAGUAAUUCAAUUAUCUCCCAGGACAGACACAAGACUCCAUUAAGCACAUGGUUGCAAAAAGACACAAAACACUUUAAAAUACAUAAAGUCACCUUUUACACAUAAGACACAGACAUUUCACAUAUCCCCAGAUAGCUGGGAUCUGAGCGCACAAAACUACCGAAUAGCGCUCAGAUCCUAUUCACACAGUUCAAUUGCCAUGGAGCCGAAGUCUUUAACUACACAAAUGGGCUCCAUGGCAUAGCUAUCUGGGUUAACACAUUCACAUAAAGUCUGGUCCAUAGUCCAAAGGCAAGAGGCGGGCAAGCAGCCCCCUCCAAGGACACGUGGCGAGGCCGGUUUCGCCACAGCUAUAUAAAUAACAUAAUAAUAAGAAGAAUAAUAAUAAGAAUAAUUUGAUAGUCUGGCACUGGGGUAGUUCUGAAGAGCUAGGCUUUCAGCAAUGGAAGGGCUGGCAAAGGGGACACUUGUCUAAAAUCUUUCUUUUGAAAUUUAAAAUAAUGGGAAUUUUCUUUUCACAGUAGAGCAGAAGUAUGAUGAAUUAUGCAGGGCCUUUACUAGCCUGGUACUGCGUGGGUUGGUGACCUGUCCUCUUAGUGCUGUACUGGCAUUGGCUGGCUGGGAUACUUUCCUGGUGGAUUUUGGUAUCUGAGGCUGACGAAGCUGACAGACUACAAUAAGCAUGUAUGAUGUAGCUGUAGGUGUUGUUUGCCUGUGACAGUAGGGUGAAAUUAGACUGUGGGCGUGACAGUUGUUUUCAAUGUAGUCACUGCGAGGCAGACUCUUCUUCUCCUUGGCAUGCACAUAUCUCUUACAUCAUACAGUGCGGGGAUAUACAUGAUGGCACAGUUCAUCUGAUAUGCUCCAUGUAAAUAAUCCAUUUAUUUGUACUUUUUUUACCCAGGCCAAAGGAUGCCAGCCCAAUGCUGUUUUCAGCUAAUGUUGUUUAUGUACCUGCUCCUGCUGUUAUUGCUCUAUACUAUUCUAUAAGCCUGAUACAUGCUGUCUCAGAAUAACAGUGGUCCCCUACUGUGUUUCCAGUUGUUAAAGUCUGUCCCAGGCUUUACUAUAUUUCUGGGUGGCAAUAAGUAAAGUCCCAGCAUCUACCAUACAAAAAGGACUGCAGACAACCAAAUUGAUACUCAGGUACUGACAGAGACCGGAGUGGUGACAUUACAUCAGUCGAAUAGCAUUCAAAAGGGCUCAACUAAGCCAAAAUGUCUUAUCUUUAUAUCUAAUUAAAGUAUGCUUAAACACAUUUCUUGGGUGCCUGGACUGCUUUUUGAUUUCUAGUAACUAUCAUAGUGUGAAAGGCUUAACCUGUGGAUGACAAUUACUGUUAAUGCAAACCACAAAUUAAUCUCUUCACAGUAGUUAGAGUAAAACCAACACAAUGCCUAAACCAUUCAGGAUUAAUUAAUAGUUAGUUGGAUUAAUGGGAAAUACAUUCAAUUCCCCAGAACAAAUAAACAUGCAUAUAAAUAAGAAUACAACAGGGGGAUGGGAAAUGGCACUCCAGGGACUUCAUGCAAAAAAGGUUACUAACUUGUGUAAUGGUUCAAUGUUUCAAAUUAUACAAAACGUUUUACGGAAGAAAGUUUAUUGGGUAAACUGAAACAUUGACUCCAAAAAUAUGGUAGUAGAUUUGUUUUUGUAGUUCUGUUUUGUUUCUUUGCAUGUUGUUUUUUACAUUACAUCCUCAAGUGGCAGACUUUUUUUUUUUUUUUAUGCGUAAGAGCAUUUGUUCUUUUCAUUUGGGAUUUAAGCAGAGUGAGAAAUUGUCAUUUGAAAUACACAAGAGUAUGUUUCUUCUUACACUGAUUUUUUCCCCCUUAAUUUUACUACCAUUUACUCUAAAUGACCACAGAUUCCCUAGGCGGAUGAAUGAAUAGUCGGGAUUACAUACACUUGCAAAACACAGAUGCACAAAGCAGGACAGUCUUUCCGAAUGGGCACUCUGGGCAGUUGCCUGGGGGCCCCACUGCAAUGCCCAUGUGCCCAGCUGACAGGGGAGAUCACAUGAUCCUCUCCGGCCGGUGGGGAGAUCAAAGAUCUCCUUCAAUGGCCCAAAGGCCCUUCGUUAGAGGAGAGAGAGGGCUGGAGGACCCGGAGGAGGAACCUGGCAGGAAGAGCGCUCCUCGCUCGAGCAGGCUGUGUAUAGCGUUGGCGCGAGUUGCCAUGGCAACACUCCACACAGCAUUCUGCAUGCGGGAGGACAGGAGACAGCCUGCAGCCAGAUGAGUUGCAGGCUGUACAGAACUCACCGUCACCGUGCCACCAGGGAUGGCUGUGUGUCCCCCUCCUUAACCAACGGUAAGAAGAAGGAGGGGGGGGGGCAUAAAUAAUGUAUUAAAUCAUUAUUUAUUAUUUUUAAAAAGAUGAUUUAAAAAAAAAAAAAAACACAUUUGCUCCCUGCACUCCUCACACUGACACAAACACACACACACCACCCCUUAUCAGGGCCGGUCAGGGAAAAACAUUCGUCCCGGGCAUUUUUUUAUCACAGCAGCCCACUGAAAAGGGGACGGGACAUACAGGCAUUGUAUCCCCCCUCCCUUCUUACCUUCUUUGUCAUCCCCAAUGUUUUGUCAUGCCCAAUGACAAGCACACCCCAUCUCAAAUUGAGCAUGUUUGUCCAAUGCUCUUCCAGGGCAGACCAUGUGCAGAGCUCUGAGGAAGAGCUCUAACAUGAGAAAAAGGCCUUGUGUAACGGAUCGCCUGGCACCCCGACUGGGUACCUCCGUUGAAGGAUGCUCCUAGCACUUCCUGAGGACUCCAAGCACUCUAGCAGACACCACAAUCACCGAACCGGAGAAACAAAUAAAUUCUCCCAAGCAUGUGAAUGCUGUAGACAGUUGAAUAGGAACCAUACAAAUAGGUUUACUCUCCUAGCAGUCAAACUGGAACAGCAUACAAUAAAUCCUUCCCCCAGUAAUGACACGACACUUCACUUUGAGGGUUAAAACAGGAACUCCUGUGCUGGCACACCCAGCCUGGUUUUUAUUAUAGUCUUUCACAUACAGGACUGCCCACAGGGAGGUAUAAAACAACCAAUCACAUAUCAGUUACAUCCCACAUAUUCCCUCCUCUGAGAGGAAACUCAAGUACACAUACAGGUAAAACAUACUUUCUACCCAACUUUCAUAACUUUAAAACCAUACAUCACAUUCACAUAAAAUUACAUAUUCACAAUCAAUCCAUUCAGGGGAACAACAUAUUAAAAAAUGGCAUGAAUCAGACCAGGGGUUCAGAAGUUAGCACAAGUAUCUUUUGGGGCCUGGCUGGCACAUGGAUAUCUGGCUCAAACAGGUUUUACAGAGCCCUCUAUCCUGGAGACAAUGGGGGAAAGUAAUCCAAUUAUCCAGGGAUAGAGGCAGACUCCAUUGAGCACAUGGUUGCAAAAAGACAUAAAACACUUUAAAAUACAUAAAGUCACCUUUUACACUUAACACACAGACAUCUGACAUAUCCCCAGAUAGCUGGGAUCUGAGCGCACAAAACUACCGAAUAGCGCUCAGAUCCUAUUCACACAGUUCAAUUGCCAUGGAGCCAAAGUCUUUAACUACACGAAUGGGCUCCAUGGCAUAGCUAUCUGGUUAACACAUUCACAUAAAGUCUGGUCCAUAGUCCAAAGGCAAGAGGCGGGCAAGCAGCCCCCUCCAAGGACACGUCGCCACACCUUGUAUUUGUUCUGCACAGCAUAAGCAAAUUGAAUAACAUGCCUGCAUUGUGUUUGCUUGAAUCUUGUCUCUGUGGUGUCUCCAUAAAUGUAAUACCAGGAGAUAAAAAUCCAGGAAAGAGUACUGUGCAUGUGUUUGGAGCCUGCUUAUGGGAUUGCAUGUGUAGAGUGAGCUAAUUGUGGUGUGGUUUUGUCUUAAUAGGUUGGUUUCAGUAAUGUUGAGUUUGUAAUGUAAUGUAUGUGUGUCUAGGUGCUGUAGAGAGUGUGUGAAUAGGGGGGCAUAGUGUGUGUAGGGGAUGUAGCAAGUGUGUGCAUACAGGCUGUAGUGUGUGUGUGUGUGAAUAGGUGAUGUAGAAUGUGUAGGGGUUGUAGAGAGUGUGUGUUUAGGGAAUGUAGUAUGUGUUUGCUUACAAGGAAUCUAGUGUGUGCAUAGGGGGUGUGAGGGUGCUGUGUGUGACAGUGAUGUGUGUGUGUUUAGGUGCUGUGUGAGGGUGCUGUGUUUGUGAGUGAGGUUGCUGUGUGAGGGUGAAGUGUGUGUGUGUGAUUUGUGUGAGGUGUGCAGUGUGUGUGAGGGCGCUGUGUCUGUGUGUGCAGUGUGUGUGAGUGAGGGUGUUGUGUGUGUUACGGAACUGUGUGUGAGUGAGGGUGCUGUGUGUGUUAGGGUGCUGUGUGAGGGUGAUGUGUGUGUGUGUGUGUGGUAUGUGAGGUGUGCAGUUUUUGUGUGAUGGUGCUUGUGUGUGAGUGAAGAUGCUGUGUGUGUUAGGGUGCUGUGUGAAGGUGAUGUGUGUGAGGGUGCUAUAUGUGUUAGGGUGAUGUGUGUGUGUGUUAGGGUGUUGUGUGUGUUUGGUGCGAUUGCGUUUUGGGGAGCCAGGUUUUUUUAACAAUAUGUAUUUUUGGGGGGUAUGUAUUUCUUUUUUUUUUUUUAAUAAUAAAAAAAAAUAGGCAUUGUAUACCCCCUCCCUUCUUACCUUUUGCUUGGGAGGGGGGACCAUGCAGCCAUUCCUGGUGGUAAUAGUAGUGAGUGAACUCUAGCCUGUGCGGUUAGAGUUCACUCUUGCAAGAUCCAGAGUGUUGCCAUGGCAAUGCUCCGGAUUUCGUGAGAGGAACACAGCAGAGCUGCUUGAUAGAGCUCCUCCGGGUCCUCUCCCCAGCCAGCGGCCGCAUGAGCUCCUCCGGGUCCUCUCCCCAGCCAGCACCCCUCCCACACACACACACACAGAGCACCCUUCACACACUGCCUCCCUCACACACACACAGCGCCCUUCACAAACACACACAGCACUUCUCACACACAGCGCCCUUCACAAACACACACAGCACUUCUCACACACAGCGCCCUUCACAAACACACACAGCACUUCUCACACACAACACCCUUCACAAACACACAGCACUCUUCACAAACACACACAGCACCCUUCACAAACACACACAGCACCCCUCACACACACACACACAGCAUCCCUGACACAUAAACACCCCCCCCCACACACACACACAUAGCAUCUCUCACACACAUCACUCCUAACCAACACACUGUACCUCUCGAAAACACACUGCACCCCUCACUGCAGUCUGGGUGUAUUCAGCAGUCUCUGAGUGUGUAUUUACCAGUGUGUGUGUAUUCACCAGUCUGUGUGUAUAUGUGUGUGUGUAUUUAACAGCCUGUGUGUAUUCAGCAGUCUCUGUGUGAGUUUGUGCGUGUGUAUUCAGCUGAUUGUGUGAAUAUAUUCAGCAGUCUGUUUGUGUGUACUCAACAGUCUAUGUGUGUACUCAGUAGUCUGUCUGUACUCUGCAGUCUGUCUGUGUGUACUCAGUGUGUGUAUUCAGCAGUCUGUGUGCGUGUAUUCGGCAAUCGGUGUGUAUGUGUGUAAAAGGUUAAAAAGCCUUUCACCACUUUAACCUGAUUCCAGUGUCGAAGUCCAACCCUUUCAACCUGACUCAGUUUCGGCACCCUUCCAAUGUCAGCGCAUAGGGGGACCUAAUGCCAUGUGUGCAUUAGGUCUUACCCAUGGGGAAGCAUUGAAUCAAUGCUUUUCUAUGGUGAUUUGCAAGACGCUGGAUGUCCUCAUGAACAGCGUGAGGAUGUCCAGUGUUGUUUCCCAGAAUUAAAGUCUGUGAAAAUGCAGGAAAUGUGUUUAGUGGCUGUCUGGAAGAGGAACUCUUAACAUUGCAGUUUCUCUAAAACUGUAAUGUAAAACAAUGCAGGAUUAAGGGGACAGUCAAUGAGAUGAAGUGGUCUCCAUACAUCUAGUGUCCCUCUAAGUAUUAGCUUUUGAACUUAAAGUUUCUAUACAUUACAUUUAUGACCCUCCAAAAUAUCCAGGUAUUUGAUGAACACAUUACUAUAAUGUAGUAUAAAAUGUAAAAAGAAAUUUCAGACUGUAUAUCAGUUGUAAUAAAUACUUAUGACAGGUUUAACUGGAUUUCUCUAAAAGUAUCAAAUUAUUACAAGUAUUGGCUUACAACCUCUUGCACAAGUCAUAUACCGUGAUAUUUAUUACUAGUGUCCACUGUCCAUGUGGGGAAAAAAAUGGAUUUCAUCUACUUAAACAAGGUCCAGGCGUAUUUUCUAGUAAAUCACAUUCCUGUGCUGUGUGAAAAUAUGUAAACAUUCCUAAUUGAUCAUUUAGAUCAAGAACAGCUGAGGUAAUUUUCUGCAUAUACUUCUGUUAGUUUAAUAUUAAUGGACAUGUUAUCACAUUCCUUGCAUAUUUUAAAUAUUUACACAUUAGCAUGAUUCUAUUGCAAGAUGAUAUUUUGUUUCUAAGAAUUUUGGGCAUCUUUAUGUAGCAAGAUUCCUUUACCACUGUAACAGCCUGAGUUAGCAUUAAAGGAACUAUUUACAUUUAUUUAAAUCACUAUUUAAAUCACGAAAAACAUUUUUGUACUUAUUAAAGUGUAGUUUUAUUAAUAUAAAUAUUAAUUAAUAUUAUUAUAAUAAUAAUAAUUAAUUAUAAUAGUUUAUUAUGAAUUAUAAUUUAACUAAUAUGAUAGUUAGAUAUGUAUCUAUAGCAAAGGCCAAAUGGUAAAGCCUUGAACUGAGGGCUAAACAUAAAAACUUCUACUUUGAGAUGCUAUAGGAAUAUGGAGGUAUGCAUUUUUCAGAUAAUCUGAUGAGUUGCUAAAUAAAUCAUUUCCCUUGACACAAAUCUGUUCACUUUCUUUAGUUUUAAUAAAGGACAAGAAAAGAUCAAUCAAAAAUUCCAAGGGUCUUAUUCAAGACCAGUUCUAUUAUCUCUUUUCUUUGAAGAUCUGAGAUUGAUUUUCUGAGAACUUUCCAUAGGUCUAUUGAUAAUACUUCUGAACAAAUAAACAUUCUGGGGGGAAGAUCAACAAGGUCAGUUGGGAUUUUUAAAAAACAUUUUUUUGUCUUGCAGUAGAGCCUUCUUUCCUUAUGCCCUAGACCAGUGAUGGCGAACCUACGGCAGGCCCUCUCUGUUGGCACGCGGCCAUAGGUCGCCGGGAGAGGGGGCCGCUGGCUGUCUGCAGAGUAGGCACCUGCCUGCCGGAAACGGCAGGGGCCUGCUCUGCUUCUGGGUCGGGAGGCAGGGGGAGGGCUCUAGGAAGCCGUUUUCCUAUCCUCCUGCGAGCAAGCUGUGUGGAGCGUUGCCGCGCGUUACCAUGGCAACGCUCCACACAUCAUCACGCGGGAGGAUAGAAGAGCUGCUUCCUACAAUACUUACCACCACCGGACCACCAGGCAUGACUGUGUCCCCCCUCCUUCACCAAAGGUAAGAGGAAGGGAGGGGGGAUACAGAAUUGAUAUAACUUUUUUUUUUAAAUGUAUCUUUACCCAUACCCCACACAGCACAGCACCUUUACCCCCCUGCACACCAUACCCCCCCCACACAGCACCCCUACCCACACAGCACCCCUGCCCCCCACACAGCACCCCCUACCCCACACACAGCACCACUACUCCACCCCUACACAGCACUCCCACCCCCCACACAGCACUCCCACCCCCCACCACAGCACCCCUAACCCCUACACAGCACCUCUACCCCCUACACAGCACCCCCUACACCCUCUAGCACCCCUACCCCCCACAGCACCCUACCCCCCCACAGCACCCCUACCCCCACACAGCACCCCUACCCCCAACACAGCACCCCUACCCCCUACACAGCACCUCUACCCCCUACACAGCACCCUACACCCCUACACAGCACCCCUACACAGCACCCCCCCCCACAACACCCCUACACCCCCAGAGGCCCCUACCCACACAACACCUUCCCCCCCAGCACCCCCUCUACCCCCACACAGCACCCCUACCCCCCACAUUAGCACUCUUACCCACAACACAGCACUCUACCCCCAGCACAGCACCCUACCCCCAAGCACAGUACCUCCUACUCCCCCACAGCACCCCUACCCCCCCACAGCACAUCACCCCUAACUCCUACCCCCACACCGCACAUCACCCCUACCCCGCACACACACAGCACCCCUAUCCACCACACACACAGCACCCCCACACACAGUACCCCUCAGACACACACACAGCACUCCACACCCUUACACACAAACACAUACACUGCACCCCUCAAUGCAGUAUGUAUGUGUGUAUUCAGCAGUCUGUGUGUGUGUGUAUGUAUUCAGCAGACUGUGUGUAUUUAGCAGUCUGUGUGUGUGUGUUUGUGUGUAUUCAGCAGUCUCUGUGUGUGUGUACUCAGCAGUCUGUGAGUGUGUGUACUCAGCAGUGUGUGUGUAUUCAGCAGUCUGUGUGUGUGCAUGUGUAUGUAUUCAGCAGAUUGUGUGUAUGUACUCAGCAGUCUGUGAGUGUGUGUACUCAGCAGUCUGUGUGUGUGUGUAUUAAGCAGUGUAUGUAUUCAGCAGACUGUGUGUGUGUAUUCAGCAGUGUAUAUAUUCAGCAGUCUGUAUGUGUAUUCAGCAAUCUGUCUGUGUGUAUGUAUUCAGCAGUCUGUGUGUGUGUCUGUAUACAGCAGAUUGUGUGUACUCAGCAGCGUGUGUAUUCAGCAGUCUGUGUGUACUCGGCAGUCUUUGUGGGUGUACUCAGCAGUCUGUGUGUGUGUAUUCAGCAGUCUGUGUGUGUGUUUUCAGCAGUCUGUAUGUGGGUGUAUUCAGCAGUCUGUGUGUGUGGGUGUAUUCAGCAGUCUCUGUGUGUGUAUGCAUUCAGCAGUCUGUGUGUAUGUAUUGCAUUUGUUGGAGAUACUAAUAAAUAUAAGCUUAAUUUUAUCUAUUUAUAUCAUAAUUCAAAAUUUGUAUCAUUGAACUCUCUGUUGUGUUCUUCUUUUAAAACAAAAGUUGUUAAUUAGUUCGGACAACUGUAUGAGUAGUUUUUUUCUAAACUUAAACCUCAGUAUUCAGGUUUAAUUGCCAUGUUGGCAAUUUGAGGAAAAAAAAGUUGGCAUGUAUUGCGGUUUGGGCACUCGGGCUCAAAAGGUUCGCCAUCACUGCCCUAGACUUUAUUAGAUCAUCCAAGGCAAACUCAAACAGACAUCUUUGUUCAAAAGGCAGGUCACCUGUCAUAAAAAAAUCUCUGACAUUAUUUUAUAAUCGAUAGUGAUUAGACUGGUUCAUCAUCCAAAUCUUUUGUCAGUGAUAUUUUCAGUUUUUCCAGCUAGAUUAUCUGGGAAUUUUUGGAAUGAAGGUGCAUGUUUUUUCUUUUAGAAGUGGCUGAUUAUUUUUGGAAUGACUAUCCUUUGGCCCCAGACAGCACACAUGAUGUACUGGCCGAUUUAUAACUCCAGGGGUGUUAUUUUAUUUUGUGUUACAUGUUGCAGUGUUUACGAGGUGGAUUUGUGAAGAGUCAAAUAGUUUACUUAUCUUAUCUGGGCCCUUGCCAUAAAUCAUCCUGUGAGCUGCUGAUGCCUAGAACAUUCUCUGGAAAUUUAGCAAUAAGAUCCCUCAAACCUGACAUUUCCAUAAUAGGGAUAAUUGUCUUUUAUUCAAUCCAAUUGAGCAAAUGGAAUAUCAACUUUGGGCAAAGUUUCCAAUGCCUUCUCUUCCUCUUUCAAUGCUAAAAUUGAUUUAAAAUGUUUAGUAAUGUUGGCCUCUUUGGCUCUUUUAUUUUUUGUUUCACCUUCCUCUAAUUCCAUGAUGCUGGAUACUUCUUUAAUCAAUUUAAAUAAUUGUUCUUCAAAAGAUAGAGAGGUAUGCUGAAUAGACAUGUGUAUUCGUUAUCCUCCAGAUAACAGAUAAUUUUGGAAUACAGAAGCACUGGAAAUUACCGAAAACUAACACUUCUUAAUGAAUUGAGCCAAAAAAAAGUUUAAGAUAAAUUCGAUUUCACAAGGAUAACAAAUUAGGGACUUAUCUUUCAAGCAUCUGAAACAACAAAAUUAAAAAAAGGGCUCUAUUUGCUUAAUUUUGAUGUGUCAGCUUUUUAGUAGAUAGUUCCAUAAUUUGGUAUUCUUAUGUGGGAUUGCCAUAAUUAAGGGUAUCAAAUUAGGGACUUACCUACUAAGCAACUGAAAGAGCAAAUUUAGGAAAAAGGGUUUCGUAGAUCGCUCCCCUAAUUUUCACCUCAUGUGUAUUUCCCCUACUUAGGAUACCAAAUUAGGGCACUAUUUAGUAGCUUCCACCUCUAAUUUGAUACCCUGACGUGAGGUUCCCCUGCUUAGGAUACCAAAUUAGGAUGCUUUUAGUCAACGGCUCCUUAUGUGGGUUUCCCCUUCUAAGGAUAUCAAAUUAAGGAGCUGUUGACUAGAUGGCCCCAUAAUUUGGUACCCUGAUGUGGGAUUCCCAUGAUUAAGAUACCAGAUUAGGGCGAGUCAGAUUACAAACUGAGAACAUCCAUAGACUGCGAUCUGACUUGGGAGCCAUUACUGAAGUCUACACCCGCCAAAUGCAAACCUCAUGCUGCCAGUUCUGAUUCACCCCACCAACACAACCUGCCACUUGCCCACUGCAGGGCUAAAAGAAUAAAAUGCACUGCCUUACCAGUCUCCUAGUGCCCUCCCAGAGUAAUUAGGCAAAUGUUUUUACAAUUUACCUGGGCCCUGCCAGAAACCUGCUGUUGUCUCCCUGCUAUCAAAAAAUUGUGCCACUAUGUUAGGCCCACUGCUGAGAAAUGCAUGUUCUGGGUGUUCCCCCAAUUCCUAAAUUAGGCCCGGCUGUGUAAGGCUGUGCUCAUUGGAUGAGAGCAUUCAGCUGACAAUCUCAUCCAAUAAUCCAGUCCUGCACAGUAAAACCUAGCUAAGUGGAGUUGACAUAAGCUCCAGGACCACGGCAGUUACCCGUCAGGACCCAGGUAAGUUGUCAGAUCAGAAGGAGCCUCAGGGGUUUUCUGGCUCUAUAACCACUAAUGCCUAGGUACAUACCUUAAUGAAGUGUACUGCACAUGCUUAUGUUCCAGGAUGAGAUGAGACAUGUAAACAUGCAUUUAACUAUGUUACAAAAUGUAUUUAAUCUUAAUGUUAAUUUGAGAUUGAGAUAUAUAUAUAUAUAUUUUUGUCUGUUACAGGAGGAGAUGCAAAGCUUCUGUUAAUACUUUGUGUUUCGCCUUGUCAAAAGUUCACAGCGGAAUCACUGCAGACAUUAGGGUUUGGAACAAGAGCUCGUCAAGUGUCGAGGCCAUCAGCCAAGAAAAGAAAUCCAACUCUUUGUAAUAAAUCUAAGUAAAUUAUAGUACAAGAAAUAACAAUUGAUGAAUCUAUUAUUAGAGAUUGUUAUUGUGAUAACCCAAUAUGUAUAUAAAAAAAGCUGACUGUGAAAAUGUAUUGCAUAAUGUUAUUUAAUUGCUAUACAAGUUAUAAUAGAUGAAAAUUAUACAAUUACUGCCAAAUUCAAAGGCAUUCACUCUAUACUAAUACUUCUCUCUGCUACUUUUGAUAAGGCUGAUC